AUGUCUGCUGCCAGCUGCUGUCUGCUGACUGAAGAUCAGUUUCUUUGCUCCAUCUGUCUGGAUGUGUUCACUAAUCCAGUCACCAUACCAUGUGGACACAACUUCUGCAAAAACUGCAUCACUGAGCACUGGAAUAGUAAUGUCCAGUGUCAGUGUCCCAUCUGUGAAAGGUUUUACAACACAAGACCUGAGCUGCAGGUCAACACUUUCAUCUCUGAGGUGGCUGCUCAGUUCAGACAGUCAGCUCAACAGAAAGCCAGCAGCAGCAGCUCAGAGCAACAAGCUGCCAAACCAGUAGAAGUUCCCUGUGACGUCUGCACUGGAACCAAACUGAAGGCCCUGAAGUCCUGCCUGGUGUGUCUGGCCUCCUACUGUGAGACUCACCUGGAGCCUCAUCUGACAUUGUCAGGCCUGAAGAGACAUCAGCUGAUCGGCCCUGUGAAGAACCUGGAAGGCAGGAUGUGUACAAAGCACAAUAAACUGCUGGAGUUGUUCUGUAAAACCGAUCAGAUGUAUGCGUGCACCCUCUGCACCAUUUUGGACCACAAGACACAUGAUGUUGUUCCUCUGAAAGAAGAAUAUGAAAGUAAGAAGGCAGAGCUGGGGAAGACAAAGGCUGAUGUUCAGGAGAUGAUACAGAAGAGACAACGAAAAAUUUGGGAGAUCACACAGUCAGUGGAGCUCAGGCAAAGAGAUGCAGACAGAGAGAUAGUAGAUGGUGUUCAGGUCUUCACCGCUUUGAAGGAGUCUGUUGAGAGAAGCCAGGCUGAAUUCAUCAAGACGAUCAAAGAGGAGCAAAGAAAGACAGAGAAACAAGCUGAAGACUUCAUCAAAGUUCUGGAACAGGAAAUCUCUGAGCUGAAGAAGACAAGAUCUGAGGUUGAGCAGCUCUUACACUCUGAAGACCACCUCCAGCUCCUUCAAAGCUUCUCGUCCCUGAACGUUGCUCCACCCACCAAAGACUGGACAGAGGUCAGCGUCCGUCCACCAUCAUGUGAGGGGACAGUGGUGAGAGUUGUGGCUCAACUGGAGGAGACAAUCACUGAACUGUUGAGGAAGCUGUUUGAGGCACAGCUGAAGAAGGUCCAUCAGUAUGCAGUAGAUGUGACACUCGAUCCUGAUAUUGCACAUCCCAGACCCACCCAGUCUAAUGAUAGAGAUGAUCAUCAAUUUAGUGACUGUAGAUGUGUCUUAUCAAAGCAGGGUUUCUCUUCAGGAAGGUUUUACUUCCAGGUUCAGGUUAACAGGUGGUCUAAAUGGACUCUAGGAGUGGCUAGAAAGGUGACCCGUAUUAACAGAGGAAUCACUCUGAGUCCCGGAAAUGGAUACUGGACUGUAUGUUCUAAGUCAUCCGGUGAGUACUUCGCUCCUGCUGACCCUCCAGUCCGUCUCUCUCUGAAGUCAAAGCCUGAGAAGGUGGGGGUGUUUGUGGAUUUUGAUGAGGGUCUGGUCUCCUUUUAUGAUGUUGAUGCUGCAGCUCCUAUCUACUCCUUUACUGGAUGCUCCUUCACUGAGAAACUUCAUCCAUACUUCAGUCCCUGUCCGAAUGAUGGUUUUAGAUUCAUCAACCAUGGAAUGUGUGUAUUGCAAUGAGUAGUGCUGGGCAAGUUACUUGAAAAUUGUAAUUAAUUACUGAUUAUACAUUACUCACUGUACAAUCAAUUAUUCAAUCAAUUCACUUAAAUUAUUACUUAUUACCCAGUUCACUGAAUUUCAAAUUGUAAUCCCUUACACUACUCAUUAAAAGUAAUUGUAUCACUGUAAUGUGUUACAAAGUAAUGCAUUACUGCCCAACACUCGCAAUGAGUAGAAACAUAGAUUUUAACAUAGCUGAUUUAAAAAUAAAAUAAACUACAAAAACACACAAAAAAAGCAAAUAAAUAAUGUAAUGUAAUCUGCUUCAGUUAUUCAUCAAUAGCGUGUCUUUGUAAGCAGGUCAUUUCACAAUAAUGACCUGCUCACUGUACAUUAUAUCACUUAUCACAUGGCUAUUUACCAAAUAAAAUCAAAAAUCUGACACAAAAUAUUGAUUUAAAAAUGAUUUUAUUGCUUCUGCUAAAAAAUAGUCUAUUAGAUUAUGUGGUUGGAACUGUGUGCAUAGCAACGUAAAUAUCUAUCUUUCUGUCAUUCAUCUCUACGUUUCCUUCUUGUCGGGACUUUGCAGUUGACACACUUGGAAACACAAUGGUUACUAAUGCUAUAACUAUUAAUAAUAUUACUAUUAUCACUACUGCUUAUCACUUAAGUUAGUGUGUAGCAAUGCACAACUAAGUGAGGCGCUCACCAGAUCUGCUGCCGUUGCCUGGAUUGGAGAACAGGAUCUUGCUAAACUUUUCCAUUUCUGUAAUGGUUGGAGCCCAGUAGCUCUUCAGGCUGCCGUUACAUCUGUGCCUAGUCACAGACAUUAUCUCUAACAGGUUUUUUUGCCGCAAGAUGUC